CAGAUCACGUGCCAGUACGUCAGUCGCCUUCCCUGCGAGAUUUAUCGCCAGCUUCAACUCCCAUUCGGCUGACCUCUGCGGGAAUCGCCCUAUAGAAAAAUGUCGCAAUCCGAACAGCCGAGCCAAAGCUCGACCCCUCGCUCUUUCACCAGCCAGACCGUCUCCGCGGAAGACUUGCUGAAGUCGCAGACGGUUGGUCUCGUCCAUCUCUCCGACUUUCGCAAACGCCGCGCCGAGGUUCUCGAACAGAAGGAGCGAGAAGCCCAUGACAAAUCCUUGGGCAGACUGACAUCGGGUGCUUCCAGAAGCGCAACGCCUUCUACGGGUGAUGCGACGGAUGGCAACUCGACACCGCGAAGCGAGGGUCCGCCCAAGAAGAAGAAAAAGAAGCCCCUUGCCAAGAGCAAGCUGUCCUUUGGCGAUGACGACGAGGAGGAAGAAGAAGAAAACGACAGCGCCGCUGACCCAACCGCCACACCGCGCGAUUCGAGCAUCCCACGCUCCGCCUCCAGGACUCCCGCGGACGACAGUUCCGUGCCGCCGUCGCGUCGGAUCACACCGAAUCCCAACGCCCCCCCUCCUCCGAAGGCGAUGACAAAGGCGGCAUUGAAGGCAGAGGCAGAGGAGCGGGACGCCCUCCGCAAGGAGUUUUUGGCGAUGCAGGACACAGUGAAGAACACGGAGAUUUUGAUACCCUUUAUAUUUUUCGAUGGAGCGAACAUUCCGGCUGGGACGGUCAGGGUUAAAAAAGGUGACCAUGUAUGGCUGUUCUUGGACCGAUGCCGAAAAAUUGGCGCAGAGCUGGGCGUUGGCGGGUCGGGCGCUGCAUCCAAGGGCCGCAAAGAUAACCGUCGCGAGUGGGCUCGAGUGAGUGUCGACGACUUGAUGUUGGUCAAGGGAGAGAUCAUCGUCCCGCAUCAUUAUGAACUCUAUUAUUUUAUCGCCAACCGCAUCCCCAGCUUCUCGAGUGCCGGUGGAUUGCUGUUCGACUAUUCCAACAAACCUCCCCCGGCUCCUCCUGCGGAUGGCCUCCUCACCCGGCCAAAUGACGACCAGCUGGAGGGUGGCGACUUGGAUCCCACGUUGACCAAAGUGGUCGACAGGCGAUGGUACGAGCGGAACAAGCACAUCUUUCCCGCCAGUCUGUGGCGGGAAUACGAGCAAGGGGGUGACUUUGAAGAGAAGAUGCGGUCGACCAGGCGCGAUGCCUCGGGGAAUACGUUCUUUUUCUAGAGCGUGCAAGCAAUCUGGAUCGUUCCUUUAUAGAUGGGGGGGUGCGUUGAGCGUUGAGUUCGCAGAAAUCUUGUAUAUGCCCGAGAUACCCAAUAAAAACAUGUC